CUCGCUUAAGCUGAACAUCUAAGCCUCUAGUCGCGUCGUGAACACAUCGGAUACAGCCAGGAUAUUUCUCGUACUUGCAACAGACUUUGAACUACAGACCGGUGCGUGUAUCGUGUCCACGUCGUGACCGUGCAGCUUCAAUCAAACCAUGGGUUUCUUCAAUCGCCCGGUGGCCUUCGGCUUCUGCUUCGCUCUGUUCACCUGUGUCCAAGUCACAGUGGGGCUCUACAUAGCAGGUGUCUUGACCACUUUGGAGAAGCAGUACCGGAUCACUACCUCCGUGGCGGGGUUGGUGCUUUCCACCAGUGAUUUUGCUAGUCUCGUCUCGAUCCCGUUGGUGUCGUACGUCGGGUCGUCGAUGCACCGGCCGCGUAUUGUAGGCGUCCUCGGCCUCCUGACUGCAGUUGGCGGAAUCUUGAGCGGAAUGCCGCACAUUUUGUAUCCGUCUUACAGGGACGGGGAGGCGAUUCAAGCUGGGAAUGGCACGAGUACCAUUUACGUCUGCGAUGCUGCGAGAGGGGAAGAGAAUUGCUCAGCAGAGGAUAUUGAUGAAUCUGGCUCUAGGAUAAAUGAGAUGUGGGCCUUGCUGCUCGGCCAGUGUAUCAUGGGAUUUGCCUACGGACCGUUGUUCCCAAUUGCUCUGACCUACAUCGACGAUCAAGUCAAAGGCACAACCACACCUUACUACAUCGCUGCUAUCCUGACUGCUGGUACAUCGGCUACUUUGGUCGGCUUCGGCGAAGGGUAUCUGUUCCUUUCAAUGUGGGUUGAUUGGCCAGCCCAGUACUACGGCCAGGUAGAGUGGCUUGGAGCCUGGUGGAUGGGCUUCUUCGUGAACGGCGCCCUCAUUGGGCUCCUCUCGAUCCCUUUCUUCUUCUUCCCGAAGGAGAUGGAUGUUGAGAUUAACCAGGAGGAUAUACCAAAGGAGAAGCUGGCGAUGGAAGGGAAGGAAGGAGAGAGCAAACUCGGAGCCAAAGAUUUUUUCAUGGCAUCAAAGCGACUUUUCUGCAACUUCGUCUUCAUGGCGCUCUUGGUCGGCUCCAUCUUCGAUCUUGCGGUGGCUGCAUCCUUUGGAUUCUUCAUGGCCAAGUUUCUGCAAGUCCAGUUUAACAUACCAGCUGCCCAAUCCUCCUUAUACGUGGGAAUAAUCAUCACUCCUGCUGCCUUCCUCGGCAAUUUCUCCGGGGGAUUCCUGGUCAAGAAGCUGAACUUGGACUCCAAGGGGUGCGGGAAGGUUAUCCUCGUCCUUAAUGUCAUCGUCAUGGCCUGCAUCCCGGUUGUGUACUUUCUGUCCUGUCCUGUGCCCACCUAUGCUGGCAACAGUAACGGCGAAAUCAGUACAACCAACCCGUGUAACAAAGAUUGCACUUGCACUGGCUCGCGAUACGAACCAGUCUGUGGCCACGAUGGACUGGUGUACGCCACGCCGUGUUUUGCUGGCUGCACCGGUGAACAGCAAAAUCAGACGGACGACCCAAUGGUCAAUAUCACGGUGUACACUGGCUGUUCGUGCAGUUCAAACAAUGCCACGGAUUCAUUUUCGCAACAAGUAGUGACGGGGCAGUGUCUGGCACCUUGUAACAUGAUCUACUAUUGUGGCAUCUUCCUCUUCUGCAUCGUCCUAUUCGGCACACCGGCCAAAAAUCCCUUACUCAUGGUGACGAUGAGAUGUGCUGGAGACGAUAAAACCUACGCUCUUGGAAUGCAAUCGCUAUUUGGUCGAGCUUUAGGCUUUCUACCGGCUCCGCUGUACUUUGGGGCAGCGAUCGAAGGCGCUUGCAUCCUGGACCGAAUCGAGUGCGGCGUGGCCGGCGACUGUCUAGUGUACGACUCGGUGACAUUCCGUCUGACUUUCCUCGGAAUCUUCCUGGCCUUGAAAGUUCUUACAUUUGCCUGCUACCUUGCUGCCACGAUUGGAGUGUACAGACACGCCGAUUUUGACGGGAAGGAGGACAAAUACGACCACGAAAAGAAGAAUGGCGACAUGAAGAAUGGGCUGGAGGGCAGGUACAACAGAGGCUACGAUAAAGAAGCGGAGGCGGGGACCCAGACCGAUAUGACAACUUUUUGAUUGAAACUUGACAUUUGACCAAACCGCUUGAAUAAAGCUUUAGAAAACACCUCCCAGAUGUCUACCCUUUCAAAGGAAUUGCUGAAAAAGAAACAUCAUGAGUUAAUACAAAUAAGUCAAUUUUUGAAAUUGAGUUCAACUCGCUCAAAAAACGUGAACAACCAGAUAUUAUACAUGCAUAGACUCCACGACAAGAAAAUGUCAGGACAUGUAAUUUUGAAGUUAUAUUAAAAAGGUGUACUACUUAAAUUCUGAUAAUUCGGAUCCAACCCUGUAUCGUAUUUAAAUUUGUCUUGUGUGUCUUAUAUCCAAAAUAGGAGGUUCAAUAAUACAAUCAUAAUACACUUCAACAAAAACAAGGAGUUUAAGGAA